AUGAACGACCUAAUCAACUCCCUGUUGCCAGCUGACGCAGGAGUUCAAUGCAUGUUGCAUCCAGUGUUUGGAGCGUCGUUGUACACCACUCGGGCGUUUGACAUUGGCGAGAUCGUGUGGCAAGAGGACGCGGCGCUACUCAGUAGCGGCUCGUCCGUGUUGGCGUACGCCAAAGUGUUCAAGAAUCACUCCGCCGCCGACCUAUCCCGCAUCUUAUCUGGUUUCAUGACGCUGGACGAGUCCACUAUCAACGCAGACCCCACCUUCUCUGUCAUUGCGCGCCUCUGCUCGGCCUUCCGCAAGUCGCACGCCGCCCACCUCCCGCUCGUCACGCAGCUCGUGUCGGCCUUCGAGAUCAACGGCCACGGGCUUCUCAACGACACAGCGGGGCUCUUCACCGUGGCGUCCAAGGCCGCCCACUCGUGCUCGCCAAACGUCAUCUACAAGCCCCGCGGGGACGCCGGCAUGGCGUACGUGGCGAUCACGCCGCUCGCCCCGGACUCGCUCGUGUACUACUCGUACAUUGCACGUGAGAAACUCGGGUACUCGAGCCACUUUCGCCAAGUGAUGCUGCGCCAAUUGUAUUACUUUACAUGCGGGUGUGCUCGAUGCGCAGGCGUCGACCACGUCCGGCCGCUCAAAUGCCCCACUUGUGCCAAGGACAUUCUCCGCUCCGCUGCGACAGCGUCGUGGUCCUGUGCGUCCUGUGCGACCAUCGUCACAGACGCCCAAGCCCCCUUGGUCCUUCCGUUAACCGACGAAGAUGCCCUGGAAAACACCGUCAUGGGCUUUGACAUCCUCGUCGACAGCGCCACCGUCACCAAAGUGCGCGCGGCGUUUCGACUUGCCUCCAAGACACUCUCCAUGAACCACUGGACUGUCAUCUACCUGUCUCGCAUUCUCGUGGAGAUGUCCAUCCCGCCCUCCACGAACCACAUGGCGCCGGCGCUGACGUCGCCCCAAUUGAAGGCCAUGUCCAAGCGGAUUGCCAUGUGGUGUGCUGAUGUGCUGGCGCCGCACAAUGGCGUGUCCGCGGCGGGGCUGGUGUUCAUGUACCAGGGGAUUCUGUUUGCCCAGAGCCGGACGGACCCGGAAGUGCGCGCUGCCCUCACGUCGCUGUAUCCGUACUUCCGCCUGAACUUUGACCCGAACGACGACGACGUGGUCGAGUGGCGGGGACUUGUGUGGAGUGCCGACUUGCAGGAGGUGGAAACAAGGUAUUGUGCACACUGCACCAAGCCAGCGACAUUGCGGUGCGCUCGAUGCACGUCUGUCGCGUACUGUUCCAAGGAGUGCCAAGUAUUGAACUGGAAAGGACACAAGCGCGUGUGCCCAAAACUGAAAAGUCAUCACGCAAUAUCAUAG